AUGGCGGAGCCGGCGCCGCAGCACCUGGAGCUGCCCUCGGGGCUGCUGGAGCUGUGCGCGCUGCUGGGGGUCCCCCGGGACCGCCUCCGAGCCCAGGAGCAGGUCGCCCAGAAAAGGAGAGUCCGGAACCCUCCCUCCCUGGACCCCGAGGUGCUGUCGGUUUUCGUGCCACCCUUGGUCAGGAAGGACGGUCAGCCGGCCGCCGCUGGCUUCGGGACUCUGAGCAAAACCAAGAGGCGCUCCUUCAGGAAGAAGAGGGAGAAGCCCAGAGCAGAACACAGCAAGGACCCUCCGGGGGGCCCUCGGGGGCUGGACACCGAAGACGUUAGUGUCCCCAACGGCGUGGACCUGCUGGCCCUGCCUCAGCUGUGCUUCCCAGGGGGCCUGUGUGUGGCCUCUGAACCCAAGGAGGAUUGUGUCCACUUCCUGGUGCUGACCGACGUCUGUGGGAACAGGACGUACGGCGUGGUGGCCCAGUACUACCGACCGCUGCACAACGAGCACUGCUUCUACAACGGCAAGCCGCACUGGGAGCCCACCCGGCCGACCACGAGCGCGGCCGGCUGCUUCGUGCCCUUCGCCGUGUGCGUGGUGUCCAGGUUCCCCUACUACAGUGCCCUCCGGGACUGCCUGUCCUGUUUAUUGCCUCAUCUAAAGCUCUGCAGAGAUUUCGAAGUUGACAAUCACAUAAGAGAUUUUGCUGCGAAACUCUCUUUAAUACCUAGCCCCCCGCCUGGACCGCUCCACUUGGUAUUCAACAUGAAGCCGCUGCAGAUUGUGUUCCCCUCGCGAGCGGACCCCGAGAGCCCUGUCGUCGACCUGGACCUCCACCUGCCCUUGCUGUGCUUCCGCCCCGAGAAGGUGCUACAGAUCCUGACGUGUCUCCUGACGGAACAGCGAGUGGUGCUCUUCUCGGCCAGCUGGGCACUGCUGACGCUGAUGGCCGAGAGCUUCCUGGCCUACCUCCAGCCCCUGCACUGGCAGCACACCUUCGUGCCCAUCCUGUCGGGGCAGAUGCUGGACUUCGUCAUGGCUCCAACGUCCUUUCUCAUGGGCUGCCACCUCUGCCACUUUGAAGAAGUCAGCAAGGAAGCGGACGGUUUAGUUCUGAUCAACAUCGACAGCGGGAGCGUCACCUGCUCGGGCGGCGACGGCGCGGACAUCCCCGACAUCCCUCUGCUGGCCGCGCAGACCUUCAUUCAGAGGGUCCAGAGCCUCCAGCUGCACCAGGACCUGGACCUGGCCCACCAGGGCGCCAGCACCGACCUGAACGACGGGCGAGCCCGCCGGCGGGCCUGGCAGCAGCGGCUCAACGCCCAGAUCCAGCAGCUCACCCUGCAGCUGCUCGUCAGCAUCUUCAGGGAAGUGAAGAACCACCUGAAUUACGAGCACAGAGUGUUUAACAGCGAGGAGUUUCUCAAAACGCGCGCCCCCGGGGACCAGCGCUUCUACAAGCAGGUCCUGGACACCUACAUGUUCCACUCUUUCCUCAAAGCCCGGCUCAGCCGCAGGAUGGACGCCUUCGCCCAGAUGGACCUCAGCACGCAGUCGGAGGAGGACAGAAUAAGCGGGAUGCUUCUAAGCCCCAGACGGCCAACCAUCGAGAAGAUGGCCUCUCACAAAUCUUCGCCGCAGCGCGCGGCGCACCGGCGCAUGGUGGUCAGCAUGCCCGACCUGCAGGACAUCGCCGCCCCCGAGCUGCCGCCCAGGAACGCGUCGCUCCGGAAGGUCGACCCCCCAGGCUGCAGCAGCACAGUUCUGAACGUGAGCCCCAAGUUGACGUACACGUUCAAGAUCCCGGAAAUCCACUUCCCCCUGGAGAGCCAGUGCGUGCAGGCCUACUACUCCGACUGCGUCUCCCUGCUGAGCACAGCCAUGAACUGCCUGGCCCCCGACAACUCCGUGCUGCUGGCCAGGUACCUGUACCUGCGAGGACUCGUCCACCUGAUGCAGGGCCAGCUGCUGGACGCCCUGCUGGACUUCCAGAGCCUGUAUAAGACGGACCUCAGCAUCUUUCCUGCUGACCUCGUGAGGAGCGCGGUGCAGUCCAUGCUGGGCCCCGAGCGCGCCCAGGCCGAGCGCACGCCCGAGCUGCGCAGGCUCAUCAGCCAGGUCCUGGACAAGCCUGGGGAGGCCCCCAAGGCUGACGACCAUGUGAAGAACUUCGAGCUGCCGAGCAGGCACAUGCCGCUGGAUGACUUCGUGCAGAGGGUCCAGGAGUCGGGCAUCGUGAAGGACGUCAGCAUCAUCAGCCGCUUGUUUGAGGCCUUGACUGUAGGCCAGCAAAAACUGAUUGACCCAGAGACAUUCAGAGAUUUCUACACCUGCUGGAAGGAGACAGAAGCAGAGGCCCAAGAGGUCAGCCUGCCGGCGUCGGUGAUGGAACACCUGGAUAAAAACGAGUGUGUUUACAAGCUCUCCAGCUCCGUGAAGACGAACCGCGGCGUGGGCAAGAUCGCCAUGACCCAGAAGCGCCUGUUCCUCCUGACGGAGGGAAGGCCGGGCUACGUGGAGAUCUCCACCUUCAGGAACAUAGAGGAAGUCAAGAGCACCACGGUCGCGUUCCUGCUUCUCCGAAUACCGACUUUAAAGAUCAGGACGGCGUCCAAGAAGGAAGCCUUUGAAGCCAACCUGAAAACAGAGUGUGACCUGUGGCACCUGAUGGUGAAGGAGAUGUGCGCCGGGAAGAAGCUGGCGGACGACCACAAGGACCCUCAGUACAUCCAGCAGGCGCUGACACACGUCUUGCUGAUGGAUGCCGUUGUGGGCACAGUGCAGGCGCCCCACGCCAUUUACGCCGCCUCCAAACUCUCCUACUUUGACAAGAUGAAAAACGAAAUGCCCGCGGCCGUUCCCAAGACAACUGCAGAGACGCUGAAGCACAAGAUCAACCCUUCGGCCGGAGAGACCUUCCCGCACGCCGUGGACGCGCUGCUGUACACGCCAGGGCACCUCGACCCGGCAGAGAGAGUGGGAGACGCCCACCCCAAGUUGUGGUGCGCACUGCACACGGGCAGAGUGAUCGUGUUUGACGCCUCGUCAUGGACUGUCCACCAGCGCUGCGUCCACGUGGGCACCGCGAAGCUGAACUGCAUGGCCAUGGUGGGGCAGAGCCAGGUGUGGGCCGGCUCGGAGGACUGCACCAUCUACAUCAUCAGCAUCCACAGCAUGUCCUGCAACAAGCAGCUCGCCGACCACCGCGCCAGCGUCACGGGCUUGGUGGUGCCGGACGGGACGGACGCACCCAGCCAGGUGUAUUCGUGCAGUGUGGACGGGACGGUCCUGGAGUGGAACGUGAGCACCCUGCAGGUGACCAGCAGGUUCCAGCUGCCGAGCGGGGGCCUCUCGUCCAUCAGGAUGCACGGCGGCUGCCUGUGGUGCUGUACAGGUGACAGCAUCGUGGCAGUGAACAGCCGUCUCCCUCAGGAACUGAAGAUCGGAGAGAACUUCAAGGAGAACACCUCCUUCGUGGCCUUCCAGCUCGUCCCGGAGCAGGAGCAGCUGUGGGCGGUGUGCUCGGGACUCCACAGCAUUUACAUCUGGGGCCUGGAGGACCUGGCCCAGCCCCUGGGGAGGAUUCACCUGCCUGACUGCUGCCAGGUCAACUGCAUGAUCAGGGUGAAGAGGCAGAUCUGGGCGGGCGGCACGGGGCUGGCGCAGGGGAAGCCCCAAGGGAAGAUCUACGUGAUCGACGCCGAGAGGAGGACGGUGGAGAAGGAGCUGGUGGCCCACACGGAUGCCGUGCAGUCCCUGUGCUCGGCGGAGGACAGAUACGUGCUGAGCGGCUCUGGCAGACAGGAAGGGAAGAUCGCCAUCUGGAAGGUCGAGUGAGCCGGUCGGCGAGCUGAGCGCUGCGCUCCGGGAGCAGGCAUGUGUGCCGUAGGCCCGCUCCCGGGCGCACGUCCAGGGAAGGCGGGUCCGGAGCCGGUCCGCUGGGUGUGUCCGCUACAGGUGCCUGUCUGGCCUGUCAUGAGACCAACAACUGUGCACUUUCUCUCUUGGACUUUCCUGGUUAAAUUGGACCACAGUGAGUCAGGUUGGGCGCUUCUCGGGCAGGCAGCUGGAUCAGUUUUUUUGAUCCUCACCUGAGGACAUCUUUUGUUCAGAUAUAGUGGGAAGAGAAAGAGGGAGAGAGAGAGAAACAUCGAUG